GUUUGUGUAGGUAGGAUGCCGAUUAAGUUAUUCAUUUAAAAAGGGGCAGAGUUCAGUGUAGGCGUAGAGAAGAUUAACAUUGUAAGUAGCCUACACUGAAGAGGGGGAGACCGUUUUUAUGCUGAUACUUUUACAGGAAAUACUGAUCCCAGUCUGUUGGGGACAACCUUCAUAGGUUGGGUUCCCUGAUCUACAAUAGAGAUUUAUCCCAAAACACAAUGAAAAGAGUAGCUUCAGACCAGUAAUUAAAAUGACUCAAGUCUUUGUGUACGGGACCCUUAAAAAAGGACAACCAAACUACUUCAGGAUGAUGGGUAGCACCAAUGGGAAAGCUGAAUACUGCGGCAAGGCGCACAUGGUAGAGAAGUAUCCCUUGGUGAUAGCAGGCCCAUACAACAUCCCGUUCCUGCUGAAUGUACCGGGAUCUGGGCACCAGGUUAAGGGAGAGAUCUAUUCUGUUGAUAACCAGAUGCUGCAAUUUGAAGGCUGUCCACACAUGUACCAGCGCACUCUGGUGAAGCUCCAGGUAGAAGACUGGGAAAGUAAAAGUAGUUCACCAGAAGCCACACCAGCUGCUAACAGCAUUGUAGAAGCCUUUGUGUACAACAGUACUACCUACCAACCUGAAUGGCUUAACCUCCCUUAUCAUGACAAAUAUGAUGCCUAUGGGGAGCAUGGAUUACAUUAUACUGAACGUGAAGCUAGAGAUUAACACUGGAAAAGCUUAUUAAAGGGAUUAUCUUAAUUGCAGAUGAUUUUUCUAAUAGAAUUUUAAAAGAAACUUUCUUGUCACACUCCACGUAGAAGAAUCAGUAAGGCUGUGAAAGCAUAUAUAGCAAGCACUGUUAACAUGCAGUUUUUUUUGCUGUUUUUUUACUAGUAGUGUGUACCAAUGAAAAUCUCUGGAAUUGUGAUUUGAAUGCUAGCGCUUUCUAAAUGUUCACAAAAGGAAUAGAGUUGUUACCUGUAGAACACUGCAUUAAAUAACUUGCUUAUACUUGUCAGAAAUCAGUGCCUUGUUAUGGAGAAUAAAAAAUAAAAAUCACACAAUACACUUUGUAAUUUAUUUAUUUGAAUGAAAUAAAAAGAAGUUGUUAUAAAAUCGAUAAUCAGCUGUACUGCUGUAGUUCUAGAUCUGCUACUCCUUGCUGUUGUGGUGAUGGUAAGAGGUAGUUAGAAUGAAGCAUGAAAUUAAGUUCACAUUAUUUUAUGCCCCCCUAGUAAAGAAAUAAAAUCUCAGCACUCUUUAAGGGCUCUGUACAGUUACAAAGUAAAGUGUGUUCACCUGUAAAAAAAAAAAACCAAAAAUCACUUAAUAUCAAAGAAGAAAUAAAA